AUGAACAGCAACCAACCUUUCCCUGCUCCUCCGGUCGAAAUCUUUGUCGACACACGAGGAGCAAAGAUCAUGGAGGAUGGCGCUUCCAGCCCGGAUCAGAGAGAUAGCCGCGAUAUCUACCUUCCCAACCACAUCGAGGCUGUUUCUCACAUCGCCGUUGAUGUCGGAGGCUCUCUAGCAAAAGUUGUCUACUUUACUCGCUCACUUACCACCGACUCCAUGCCGUCGUCACCGACAGUCGGCUCGCCAGCCAGUCCCAUCGCGCCUCUGCCUGCUCUUGCGGGAUCCCCUUUGACACCCAACACGCUCUCGCCCAAACCCAGUACGUCCAGUUUUCGCUCGCGGCAGCCCUCCGCCAACGGUGUGACUCCGAGCGGCUUCCGCACACCUCCCUCGCAGCUCGAUUAUCCGAUCGCUUCCGGCACCUUGACACCAACGGCCAUUCUUGGCUCUCCACAAAUCACCUCGGCCUCCGCUUCUGCUAUUCACUCGACACUUCUCAAACGCCGCUCUCUUCCCGCGGCACUACCAGGUGGCAGACUCAACUUUAUCAAGUUCGAGACCAGCAACAUUGACAAUUGCAUCUCUUUUCUACGUGAACUCAUCGAGCGCUCAGCUGCUGCCAAUGGCGUCUCGAUCCAAGACAUGCGCAAGGGCGUCAAGCUCAUGGCAACAGGCGGUGGUGCCCACCUCAUGUACGACCUCUUUGAGCAAGAGCUUGGCAUCGAAGUCAACAAAGAAGACGAAAUGGGUUGUUUAAUCACCGGCCUUAACUUUAUCACCCUCAUUCCAGACGAAGUCUUUUGGUACUCCGACGAGCUCGUAGCAGCCUUGCAUUCGCCUCUACCCCAAAACCCAGAGGCCAGAGCAGACGCACAGGCCUUGCGGUCAUCCGUACCUUUGCAACAUCCACUGCCUCGCCCUUCGCCCAACCCACCCCUUUAUGCACCUGUAUUUGACUCGCAUCCGUCUCCAAAGCUGCCCUGUCUGCUCGUCAAUAUUGGCUCAGGUGUCUCGAUUAUCAAAGUCGACGACUUUGGCAAGUUUGAGCGAGUCUCGGGCACUUCGCUCGGCGGUGGUACAUUGUGGGGUCUCCUCUCUUUGCUGACGGAUGCAGAAAGCUUUGACGAGAUGCUCGAACUCUCGGAGCAAGGAGAUAACGCAAACGUCGACAUGCUCGUCGGUGACAUCUAUGGCUCCAUCGGCCUCAACCAUCUCGGUCUCAAGAGCUCCACCAUCGCCUCCUCCUUCGGAAAAGUCUUCCGCAAAGAUCCCAGCUCUUCUGCUCCUCGCAAUGCCGAGGAACGACGCAAAAAGUUCCGUUCCGAAGACAUCUGCAAAUCGCUCCUCUACGCUAUCUCGAACAACAUUGGUCAGAUUGCAUACAUGAACGCCGAAAAGUACAACCUCGACCGCAUUUACUUUGGAGGGUGUUUCAUCCGUGGCCACCAGGCUACCAUCAGCACUCUGUCGUACGCCAUUCGCUUCUGGAGCAAAGGAAGCAAGCGUGCCUUUUUCUUACGCCAUGAAGGUUACCUUGGCGCCAUUGGCGCAUGGAUCAAACACGUUUCGCAAGAUCCGAAUGCGUCGGCCUCGAAUUUGCGUACAGCGGCCCAAGCCAUGGGUGCGUCUCUCCCGGGCACCGGAGCAGCAGGCAAAUCAACACCAUCCGUGCCAUCCGGAUUAGGGUCUUUUGUCUCUCCAGCCUCGUCAUCGGACGAGCCAGUCAAUUGGGCACAGAUCCAAAAGGAAGCACUUCUUCCGCCGGUGCUCAAUGGAGAUGGCUUGCCCGAGCCAGCUAGAGCUGGCUCCUCAGCAUUGCUGCCCAACCCGCAAGUGGCACGUCUGCAGCGAGCCGAAACGUCAGAGGUAGACAGCAAGACGCCAACACAAGAAUCGACUCGUCUUGACAAGCAGUUGGGCUCGCAGCAAUCAGAUCUCGACUUUCUGAAUGGUCUCAUGUCACAACAGAGUCAGACGUCCCAGCCGCCUGCUUCUCUGCCGCAGGCACAACAAGCGAACGGCGCGGUAGAAGACGAGUCAGACGAUGAAGACCUAAUCGCAGGCAAGGAUGAGGCAGCACAGCUCAACGAGAUCCUCACAUCUCUCAAAUCCCUUCAGAUACCCACAAGCAACGGCUCCGACCCCGCUGCAGCACAGGCUGAGCACGACGAGAUUUUGAGUUUGCUCGCCAACUUGGAACACACCGAGCACGUGGUGGGUGGAUUGGAAGGCAAGCUUGAUAACCUUCUAUCGUCGCUUGAUACGCUGAUUGCGAAUCAGGAGGCUCAAGAGCUCGCUCAGCAGGCUGUGAGGCGUGCAUCUUAG